AUGGAUCAUCUAUCUCCAUCUUUAUCAAUAUUAUUUGAAAGUGGUACAACAGGAGGUUUAGUUUAUAAACAAGAAUUAAAAAAUAAUUUUAUUAGUUAUGCUAUUAAUAUUUCUCAUAAACAAAUUGAUCGUAUUUGUGAAUUAAUUAUUAAUUGUCAGUCAAAACUAUUAAUAAAAAAAUUUGAAAAUACCAAUGAUUAUGAUAUAAGUCAAGUUUUUCUUAUUCAUAGUUGGACGAUCGAGAGUUUAAAAUUAUUAUUAUCUUCGUCAACAUCAUUAUUAAUUUGUAUUAUUAAUGAUAAGCAAAAUAAAUUAGCUGGCUAUUUAUUAUUAACAUCGAUUGAUCAUCGUAUUCAUCAUAUGAAUCCAGAAGUUGAUCAGUUUAUACUUGAUGUAAAUGUUAUUGCAAAUGAACAAUGGGAACAAUUAGUAGCAUCCCCUUAUAUUCGUUAUAUUGAACAAACAGGCGUAGAUAUUGAAUAUCAUCGUCAAACUAUUGGAAGUACUUUAAUUGCGCUUGCUAAAAAUCAAAACCAAGAAUAU